UACGGAGGUAUCAAUGUAUAAUGUUUCCCUUUUACUUGCGAGUCUUUCUUUUCCGUGGGUUGUAAGAGCGUGUUGAUGACGAAGGCGCCUUCCGCAGUUGGCGGCAGCUGUGUACCCCACAGUUGUGGAAGCUGCGCUGCUAGGGCGCCUCCAACUACCCCACCUCUCCAACUGAUAGCCACAUCAAGCGCCGGUUAUCUGUCUCCAACUCGUACUACUUACCUCUGGCUUUCUCGUUGCCCAUGCGACAUUUCUACUUACCCUUCCUACUAUUCUGAAUUGUCAAGCACCUGUUGUUGUCACUCAAAAAAUCAAGCGCGCCACCAUGACGACAUCUUGGCGUGAUGCCGCGGCUAGGAAGCGCGAAGCUACCUCCGCGUUAAUUCCGGUCGAGUGGCGAGUGGAGAACUUGCCAUCUGUAAAAGAACAAGUUGAUGUGACAGACUACAUCAAGCAGUAUCUAUCUGAGGAAGAGUUGGAAAUCACCGAAAGCGAUGCAGAUCAGAUUGUUGAAAAGACCACAUCGGGAGCAUGGACUGCCGAAAAGGUCACACGUGCUUUCUGUCACAGAGCAGCGCUGGCACACCAAUUGCUGAACUGUCUUCAUGAAAUCUUCUUCGAUGCAGCCAUAGAUGAUGCAAAGAAGCUUGAUGCAUACUUUGCCGAAUACAAGCGACCAGCUGGUCCACUUCAUGGUCUUCCCAUCUCGCUCAAGGAUCAAUUCCAUGUCAAAGAUGUCGAGACAACUAUGGGAUACGUGGGGUGGAUUGGUACCUUCGAGGGUAAGAAGGGUACCGGCAAGGAGAAGGUCUAUGAAAGUGAGAUGGUCCGAGAGUUGAGAGCGAGCGGUGCGGUGCUGUACUGCAAGACUAGUGUGCCACAUACACUCAUGUCUGGUGAGACUGUCAACAACAUCAUCGGCUAUACACUCAAUCCGAAGAACCGCAAUCUGAGUAGCGGAGGCAGCUCAGGGGGUGAAGGAGCACUCGUUGGCAUUCGCGGCUCACCAGUCGGGUUCGGGACUGACAUAGGGGGCAGCAUUAGGAUCCCAGCCGCGUUCAACGGCCUUUAUGGCCUACGUCCAUCCACUGGGCGCCUACCAUACCACGGUAUGUCGAACUCGAUGGAUGGUCAGAACACCGUGCUGUCUGUCGUCGGUCCGCUCGGUACCACUGCAGCAUCAUUGCGUUUGGUCACAAAAGCUCUGCUCUCACAGCAGCCAUGGUUGCACGAUCCGAUGGUACACGAGAUUCCAUGGCGGAGUGAAGAGGAAGAGAGUGUCCAGCAAUUACUACAAUUUGUUGGCGAAGCCGUACCAAAGGAGAAGAAACUGUCGUUUGGUAUCCUUCACACCGAUGGCGUUGUCAGCCCAACAGCGCCAAUCCAUCGUGCCAUCGAAAUUGUCUCCAAGGCUCUCAAAUCUGCAGGCCACGAAGUCGUUGCCUGGGCACCACCCUCCCAUAAGGUCUUGAACGAUGCAGGCUUCAGGUCCUGGGUCUUUGAUGGCGGCCGUGAUGUGCGUGAGGCUUUCGCGCUGUCAGGUGAGCCGAUGGCACCACAAGUAUCUCUGUACCAGAAUGAGAUGAAGGAGUUUACUGCAACCGAGAUCGCCGAAACGAACGUUCGAAUGCGAGAGCUGAAGAAGGAGUACAUGGAGUACUGGAACAGCACCGCAAAGGAGACGAGCACUGGCAGGCCUGUCGAUGCUGUCAUCUCGCCACUAGCACCGUGGCCUGCUGCCAGGCGGGAGAAGUACAAGUACUACGGCUACUCAACCUGGAUCAAUGCGCUCGACUAUACGACUGUCGCGUUCCCCGUCACCAAUGUUGAUAAGUCUGUCGAUGUCAAGAGCAGUGAUUUCAAGCCACUGGAUAAUCAAGACCAGGAGAUCCAAGACGACUAUGACCCUGAGAUCUAUGAUGGUGCACAUGUUAGUCUACAGGUUGUGGGCAGGCGUUUACAGGAAGAGAAAAUCCUAGCAAUCGCCGAAUACUUAGGCAAGUUAAUCGGUAAAUAGAAUCUGGCUGCAAGCCCGUGAAUGGAUGUAUCGACCUUGUUA